CUUGUGCAUGCGGCUGCUGCUGCUGCUGCGGGCGGCGCGGGCCGGGGUCCCGCUGCUGCGGGGCGGCCCCGCUUCCCCAGGCAGAGCCCGGCCGAGCCACAGCGAGCCGCGGGGCCCGGAUGGACGCGGCCAGGAGGAGGAGGAGGAGGAGGAGAUGGAAGGGUGGCAGCAGCUGUACCCCGGGCACAUCCCCACCAGCCCGCUGCAGAAGGCGCUGCUGGCCGCCGGCUCCGCGCUCAUGGCGCUCUAUGACCCCUACAGGCACGACAUGGUGGCAGUCCUUGGGGAGACCACAGGCUGCCUGGCCCUGCCAAACCUGCGAGACAAGAUGAAAAACCACCCUGAAGGUUACCGCAUCCUCCAGUGCGUCCCACCCCAUCCCUCCCUCCCUCCCUCGCCGUGUGGUUUGUGGUGGGGCAGCAGACACGAGGCCAAGCAGGUUCCUUGGCCCUCUGAAGGGAGAGCUUGGAAGCAGGACAGGGAACGGCCUCGCAUCCGUCUGUCCACGCUGGACAUGGCCAGGCUGCAGGGGCUGCCGGAGGGCUCACUGGGGCGGGAGUACGUGCGGUUCCUGGAGGACAAUAAAGUUUCUCCAGACACCCGGAUGCCGCCCAAGUUUGUCGAUGAUGAAGAGCUGGCAUACGUGAUCCAGCGGUACCGGGAGGUCCAUGACCUGAUGCACACCCUCCUGGGCAUGCCAACCAACAUGCUGGGUGAGGUGGUGGUGAAGUGGUUCGAAGCCAUCCAGACGGGGCUGCCCAUGUGUGUCCUGGGAGCAGCGUUCGGCCCUGCCCGGCUCAGCACACGAAAGCUGCAGGUCCUGGCCACCGAGCUGGUUCCCUGGGCGAUUCGGAGCGGGCUCAACGCCAGCUGUGUCCUGAACGUCUACUACGAGCAGCGCUGGGAGCAGCCAGUGGAGUCCCUGCGGGAGGAGCUCGGCAUCCUCCCUCCCCCGGCCGUCAGAGUGUGAGAGUUCAUGUCGGGAAGGGCCCAGGGGACCCCUGUUGGCAGCCAGCAGCCGGCCCCAGCCGCACUCCAGCUCCUCCUGCCCUGCCGGGAGCACAGCGUGGCUGCAGCUCUUCCACCAUGGACCCGAGGGCUGUGUUUCCUCCUGCCGAGAGCUGGCACCAAUCUGUUGGUAGGGGCCAACUGGCACCUCCCUGUGCUGUGACAAAAACUCGACAUCUUUUUUGCUGUUUGUGAUUUUGGUUGCGGGAUGUCAGGGUCAGAUGUGCCUUUGCCAGCUGGUCUGGCUGCUCAGCUCUCCCAGCAGCAGCAUUCCAGUGCUGCUCCCAAGUGCUGGGAUGGGGAGGGAGCACACUGCAGCAAACUGAUGCCUUGGCCUUCUGCAGCCCCAGGGCUGUGCAGGUAAAUCCUUCCUCCCACCCUUCCCAUCCUGGGAAGAUUGAGGCUUCAAAUCUUGGGGCUGCCCUGGACUGGAGCUAAACCCAUGAUUUUCAAGGAGCACAGGAGCAGGUUUGGUGUGUGCAGUGGUGAAAUCCCAUUUGCACUCAGGUGGUGCACUCUCCUGUUGGGUCACAUUGGAUGUGCCUCACUUCCUGCCUCAGAGACCAGGCAGUGUGUGAUUGUGCCCACAGGGCAGGCAGGGAAAUACCUUUGGGUAUUUUCCCUCCUGGAUUGGCUGUUUUGAGAGCUGAUCCCAGUCUGCUGUAGUCCCUCCCUAUGAAAAAUGAUGAAAUCCACAUGAUUGUGCUGGCUGUUCAAUAGGAAUCAUCCCUUCCUUGGGCAACAGAAUGACACAGUUGGGAUGAUGGGAUUGAAUCCAGUGAGUGCAGAAUCAGCGGCUGCUGGUGCUGUGUCUGGGAGCUGAUUGCUGUCUGGGUUAAUUAAACUGUGCUCCAGACUGCCAGCAGCCGGGGAGCGGAGUGCUGGAUGUGAUGGCAAAGAGCCACGAGGCCAGGGGCUCUUUGUUCACGUGUGUUUGCUGUUGGAAUUCCUUCUUGUUUAAUAAAUCCACACUGGGGCUUGUAGUUCA